UAAGAAGUGUAUUAAAAUGAGUGAAGAAUUUGGAAAAUCCGGCCUCUACAUUGACGAUCUCUACACACUGCGGGUGAUCGAUCCAGAAGUAGCCAACGAAACGAACGACCUGAAAGAUGAAUGUGAACAAUUUACCGAUAAGCUCACCGAGUUUCGACGUAUAAUUGAACAGUUUGCGAGCAUCGUGGAAAGUUUUGCUACCGAAGUUGAUCAUGAAAAGAUGCGAGCAAUAGGAAUACAAAACUUGCUGAAAACCUUCUCCAAACAGAGGGAAUCGGAACAGCAACAGAUACAGAGUGAAAUAAUCGAGAAAAUGGUCGAGCUAGAUAAACUUAAGAUCGAGUAUCAAUACUUGCAAAGAAUUGAAUCCGAACAACAGGAGAUAAUUGAUAAUUUCUAUCAAAACCAAUAAAAUCAAGGUGGAAUUUGGUCCACGAACUUAAUCUUUGGGCAACACAUAAUUCAGAUUCCGGGGAAGUGAUA